UCACAGCCCAUCCCGUAAAAGUAGUUUCGUCGGGCUCCUCCCGGUUAUAUAACUCCUCUCCACACCCAACCUUCCCCUUUCUUCCUCCUUGCGACGUCUCCGGCCAUGGACGGAACCGUCGACGCUCUCAGCAGCGCGUACCACGACUUCGUGGCGCCGCCCGCCGUCAUCGAAGCCAAGGAGCAAUCCGGAGGGCAAAAGACUGCGGCCACCGAAGCUGCCCUCGAGAACUUCAAGCAACGGUGGGAACUCUUCCGCGUCGCUUGCGACCAGGCGGAGGAGUUUGUCGAAUCCCUAAAGCAAAGGAUCGGUUCGGAAUGCCUUGUCGAUGAGGCCACCGGCGCGACGCCGGUGAAACCCGGACAGCUAUCUGGCUCCGGCAUACCGCCGAUCAGCGCAGUGAGGCUGGAGCAGAUGAGCAAGGCGGUUCGAUGGCUGGUGAUCGAGCUACAACAUGGUUCCGGGGCGGUUACUGGCGGCGGGUCGGUGGCGCAUCAUAACGCAUCUGCUCCGUUUGAUACUAGGUUUUCGGAUGACUCGACUCAGUAGGUAUGCUAAUUAGGGUUUGUUUGAGUUUUGUUUCGAUCUGUACUUACUUCCAGGGAAUCGUACCGAUGGAUGGAAACUAUAGAUGCUGUUAUGAAGUAUUUAAUAUUUAUGUUUUUCGAAAUCUUGGUUGGAAUAGCAGUGAAGCCGAGUGAUCCCGGAAUUUCUUUA